AUGGCGGACAGAUUCAGGCCGAGCAAUUCGCGGAGGAAGGAGGAGGUGGAGGAAGAGUACAAGAUGAUGGAUCUCACCCUCCGACUGGGAACGCCGAAGGAGACGUCGGGCACCGCCGCUGAUCAGCCACCGUCGCUGCCGUCUCUACCGCCGCCGAUUAUGUACAACUUUUUCAGCGCGGUGGCAGUUGGCGGAGGAGUCGCCAUCGGGCCGGCGGCGAUAAUUCCGGUGGUGGCGGUGCCGUUCCCGCAGGGGUUCGUCCCCGUCUACAGGAGCCCCCGCAAGCGGCCGAAUCCCGACGGCCAGGCGCGAAAUGAAAAUCGGGUCUGCGAGAAUUGUGGGACACGCAGAACCCCUUUAUGGAGGAAAGGUCCUAAAGAACAGACGAACCUUUGCAACGCAUGCGGUCUCCGAAACCGGAGGAACUAA